AUGGACCAGACAAUGUCAGUAGUACGGGUAGCUUUGUUAACCUCGAUUGUAAUUUCCUGUUGUCAUGGGGCAUUCCUUGGCGGAAGCAUCAACUGGUACAUGCUCGGUGGAAAGGUUCGGUUCACGUAUCGCCUAACAUGGGAGAAGGGAACAGGACCUUGUGGCCCUGGAUGUUCACAAGCCAGUGUAGGCCAGUCCGGAACAUUGUCUCUGCCGUUAACCAUUUUGUCCUGGUCCUGUACCUCAGGUUGUAAUGGUAACAGUAAGCUCCACGAUGCCAAUUACGUCACGACGUCUGUAGGGGCUGGAGCCUCCAGCUGGGAACAGGGAGAAGGAAGCUUUUUAUUCACUCCUCCGAAAGCGAACGGAAAAUAUGAAAUCAUGUUAAGUCCCUUGCGAUGGUCAACUCAAGCCAAUGGCCCCGGACAACUACAGACAACAGUGGACCUAAGAAUCCGUAGCGAUACUAAUCUGCCUAAUGCCAGUCCGAUAGCGGCUGUACAACCCUCCAUUGGAGUACCAUCUGGAUGUAGGAAGACUAUAGCACUACCGGUAGUAGAUCCAGACGCUGACAUCACCAAGUGCCGGCUGGCUGGUCCGACAGAAUGCGGCAUGGCAUGCACAACACUUACCGGGAUACACAUAGACAACGACAAAUGUACAGUAACAGUUCCAGAUACACUGACAAAGGGCGAGUAUCGUCUUGCUGUAGUCGUAGAAGACUUUCCACGCAGUAUCAUACAACUAGGGGGAGCCACCAGUAACCUCAACAAGCCACUCAGUGUUGUACCGAUACAGUUAACAAUUCACGUCAUCCAAACGAGUGGGGGAUGUGGUUCUGUGAUUCCCAGCAAUGCUGACACCGGUCCGACAAUCACGUAUCCUUCAUCUGGUGCGCCUACCGGAAGUCUUCACACGGUCCUUAUUUCUGCUCAAAGCAACGCACAAGCUAUAGUCAGUACUUCAGCUGGUGUGAAAACCACGCAGUCACCGGACCCUUCUCAUCCUGGGAAUUUUCGCGUGAACACGAGCUGGACGCCAAAUGCUGACCAAGACGGAAUGGCCUUUACCUGCGUGUGGGCGUUACAAAACAAUGGAAUUACUACAGAUCACAAAUGUUUCACUACUAUAGUUAGAGACAAAAAUGACUGUAGUGGUGGAAAUAAAUGUCUGCAUGGAAGCACGUGCAUUGAUUUAUAUAAACGAUACACGUGCAACUGUCUGGGUGGAUUCACAUCAAAGGACUGCUCGGUCCGUGCUUCCUGUGUAACGUCAAAUCCCUGCGUGAACGGAACUUGCGAGGAAAGGCAUGGGACUCUCUUUUGCAUCUGUUCACAAGGUUACACAGGAAAAACAUGUGAUACAACCAUUGACAAUUGUGCCUUAUCUCCAUGUUUACAUGGUGGCACUUGUAUCGCUAAGGCAACAGGUUCAUCGUGCACUUGUACUGUUCAGUUUACCGGAAGUCAAUGUCAAACACGUAUUCAGACUCCCCUUCACUCUCGCUCCGUGACAGCGAGUUUGCUCUACAAAGCUACAAUAUCCUCGGAUAGCGACGGGUCAGUCCAGAUUCUCGAUUACGUGAAAGUGUCCGAUCAAAGCAAAAAGGAUAUCAAUGUAGUUGUUAAUAACGACAGUCCACCCCUGUGGCCAAUAGGCGUGGCUUUUGGGGGCUGCCUGCUCAUCGCUUUAACCGGGUGUGUAACAUGGUGGUGCUGUUUUGGCAAACGAGGACCAAACAAGGGCUUCAUUGAACCUCAGCCAGCUGAAAAGUGGGCGCGACCGCGCCGAUCUGGCAACGCCCAGAAUCGCUCGUCCGGAUCUCCGGUCGCUGAAAACACUCCACGAAAAUCGGGGAAUAAUGUAACACAGGUUGAAACAAACACGGGAACACAAGUGUCCGGAGGGUCGCCACGGAUACUCAAUAUCUACCAAUCUUCAGCUAAUGACCCCAACUUACAUAAAUGCGGAAGCAAUUCACGCGGCAACGUUCAUUACAACAAUACGUUCUGGUGA